AUUUGUAGUAAAAAGGAUACAAAUAGGCUGCUUCAGGGACAAAAACAAUUGCCAUAUGUUUCAAAAUCACAACUACUUCAAAAGAAAGCAAUACUGAAAGUCAUGAUGUUAAAUUAACUUUUCUUUCAUUAAACAACAGAAAAACACUGCAAUCAACCCGCUCCUUACUUAAUAGUAGAGUAUGACAUUUAACAACAAGAUGUCAUGUGUGAGCAGUUAUUUCAGGUAUGUUUCAUGUGUGCAAAUCCUUUUACCCAUCAUAGGGUAAUGCUAAAUUGUAAUUUCAGUGUGAAAUUUGAAUUUUGGCUACAUUGACCAUGUGCAUGCAUAGGUUACACUCCACAGACUGGCUCAAGGGUGGAAAAUAAUUAGGAUAUGGAAACUUGGUGUUGAUGCCCUUUUCCCUUUGGUUUUUAUCGUGGUAGAUACAAUGCAGAUGUUGUGAUUGACAAUGUAAUCAAUGCCAUGUUACUAAGAGCAUCUUGUAUUUAUCUUGAGUUUAGAAAAAUGUUAUAGCUGCUACAUACAAUUUAAUAAAAAUUCUUUGUUUGAAACACAGUCAUCAUAGUUGAUUGCACACAUCUAAAAUAUCUUCUCAAGCGACUUAUUUCCUAUCUUCAAACAUAAUAGCUUUCCAUGAAUAAUCUGAAUAAGGUUUUGAACCAUUAGUUUUCUUCUCUUGCAUUGGCAUGGCUAUAUGUCUACUUAACAAGCAUCAUUUUCUUGAAGUCUUUUGUUCUUUUCUAAUUUCAAAGCUACCAUUUCUUCUCGUGAAGGGUUUGGUGUAAGGCCCUGCUUCCUCCUUUCGUUCUUGAUUUCAUUCCAUUCUUUUUUACAAGACUUAUACAUUGCAAAGUAAUUUUCACAUGCGUCUUUAUUGUAAUUGUUUCUUGAUAAGCACUUCAUGGAAGCAUUUGCUUCUGUUAAACAAUAAUUUGUAUCAUCAUCGCUCCAACGAUUCAAUCUUCUGGUCGCCAUUUUCUACGAAAUGUAAAAUGCUGACUCGGCACUGACAAUGCUAAAAGCUAAUGCGAAGCAAUAUGUCUCGUUUUCAUCCUUUGAAAUCUCUACGAGAUGGAGACAGUGAACAGUGUGUGUGUAGGAAUCUGCCUCGUUUGCUUCGCCACUUUUUAGAUUACAUACACGUGUGAAGUUGCUUGGUUGCGGACAAAAUGUCUGCAAUUGUAGAAGCCCUUGCCGGGAAAACACGAGAAACACUUAGGAACCUAUCAGAGACUAUCAUACUUAAUCUAAAGAAGGACUGUAAAACUCCAACGAGCGAAGAUUUGUUCAUUUUACACAGUAUUAUAGUGACUGAAAUCCAGGACCAAAAGCCUAACUCGAGCAAUGACGGGCAAUCAGUUCCCCAGAAUAGUGAAAACUACCACGAGCUAGACGAGAUUUUGUUAAGAAUUUGUAGAGAAUUUCUUCACUUGCUGUGUCAUACAAACGAAGAAGGAUCCCCUAGCUUCGCGGUUAUCUCUAAAUGUGUUUUAAUUUGCUUUAAGUCCGUUACCGGAUGUCGUGAUCUUAUUCGGGAGUUUUUAAUAUCUAACAUUCGCGAAUACGUUGCAACCGUAAGAGAUUACACAAAGUUGCCUUCUGAUAGAAGUGAAGCAGAUUUACCUGCAUUUUACCAAUGUCCAAAAGGAGACAGAGUAUCACCUUCUCUGAUGCUUCAAUUGUUGCAUGUGCUUAGCAAAGAAAGCCCUCAAGUGAUACCUUCAGAGCCCACAAAUAUAACCCAACCAAAUUUGAAGGAUGACGAUCAAAUAUUCGAGGCCUUAUUGCAAGUCAUACACAGUGAUGUAGAUGAUGCAGUUUUAGCUGUCGUCUCUCAGAUUAUUAAGAUACAUCUUUGUAAUUUAAGCAAAAAGAAGGCACUAUGGAAGAUAAUUAACAAUCUGAGUUGCAAAGAGUCAGAAAAGAUAAUUUCAUAUGGUAUGGCAUGUCUUGUAAUUGAUGAAUUCUUGUGUGGCACUGAGAAUGACAUCAGAAACAAUUCUUCAAUAAGAGAAUUUAUUCAAAGUGGGCUAAUGAGUGAUGAUUCCCUGACAAGGAAAAGAGCAAUGUAUAUUCUCAAGAGAGUCAUUGAUGCGCCAAAAAGCCCUUCUGUUGAUUUGGAGAGCUGGAUGCAACUGGAUGACUUUAUAUUGCUUUUUGAAACUCUUGAAGAAAAGCAGCUACAUGUGAUGCUACCUGUCUUACCAUCAGUUGAUAAAGUUAUCCAAUUAUCAAGGGAAGCUGGACAAAGAAACCAUCUACAUAUUUCUUGGCUGACAACAAUCCUUACACGAGCAAUAAACCAUGAAAGUAAAGUUAUAACAAGAUGGGCAGUAGAAAUAAGUCUUCACCUCAAGGUUGAAGAUCUACAGUUUUUUAAAAAUAUGGACUGUACUUUCAUCUGCAACUGUCUUAUCAAUGCUUUCAAAGAGUUUUACCUAUUUGAGAAAGAAGAUAAUAUGGAUGUUUCACAGCCACCAACAAUUGUUGGAAAGCUUGAAAGCUUUUUUGAACAAUGCAAGUACGCUGCCGCAAAAGAAUGUCAAGAGGUCACGUUUUUUAGACAGGUCUUCAAGUCACUAUUUUCAAGUGAAUGCAGCUCAUUGACAUUUCCCUAUGUUUUGAAAGCAUUAUCAUGUGUUGAAAUCAAUGGCCUUGUAGAUCAAGAGCUCCUAUCAACCAUGAAAGCCUGGAUGUUAUCAGAAACUUCUACAUACCCAGCCCAGCUAAAAGCAGCAACAUUUGGCAUUCUUCUGAGGAUUGUCUGCAGUUCUUUAAGUAAAGAAAUAUCUUUGGUUGAUCUGAUAAAGUUUUCACGAGUGAUUUUUGAUUCUGGAUACCUUACAUAUGGAACCGAGCCUUGGUUUGAUUUUAUCAGUAGUGUAUCUAGAAAGUUGGAUCAUUUGCGUUGGGGUGAUAAAGCAGCAGAAGCAAUAAAAUCAUCGAGUGGUUUGUGCGAGCUUUUUAUCCCUGCUUUUGAAGAUUUUCUCACUGGAAAGAGUCUUGAAUUUGAGAGUGAAGUUGAAAUGGUAUUGCUGUUUUUCUUCACCAUUGAUUCUGUUUGCAAGCCUACAGAGGGAAACAAUGUUGACAAGUUGAAUGCAAUGCUAAGUCCGUUGGUGAUAGCGAUGGGUCAAAUAGGCAGAAAUCCCUAUGUAACACCAGACAACAUCUCUCGAUGUCUUUCAGUAGCUGACUUGAUAAUACGAUGCUGCUUUCAAUCAAAAGACCCAUAUCAGUUCGUAGAAAAUAAGAGUAUACGUUGCAUGAUUAUGAGGAAGGUAUUAGAGCAGACUCGUUAUUGUCUUGCCAUGUUCUGUAACUCAAUCAAAGAAGCGUUUUUUCGAAAUCAACUAGAUGUUUGCGCGGUACUUCCAUUUUUGAAGCUUCACGAAACAGUUUGCACAUUCCUGAACGAUCUGAAUAAUUUAGACGGUUCUAAUUUCCUUAUUUCACAUUUGGAAAUAGUCUGUAAGCUUUGUUGCCAGCACGCGGACACGUUUACUGAAGUAACAGAUAUUCGGGUGAUUAACUUAGCUUUCCAACUCAUGAAAGUGAUGUGUGAAGUCGUUAGAGGAAGGUGCUUUGAGAGCUACAAGGAAACAAAAACUUUACUCGAGAAGUUGCUGUUGGGUACGAUAGGAAAUUUAAGUUUGCAAUUUGAAUCAUACUAUUCUCGUGAUCACUUCAAAGAUGCCAGCUGCACGAGUAACCAAGUCACAAAUCAUGCUCUUAUCCUUGAGGCUGGUAGAGUUUCUAGCAAUCUUUGGUAUCUUGUCUCAUUUGCAGUUGCUAAAUCUGACAUUAGGUCAGCUAUUACCAGUAGGUCACAAAGUCAAGAGCAGGAGGCAUCGUAUUUAACUUUGAAAACAAGUUCUCUGAGAAAGUUGGUGAAUGUACUGGUGGAAACGAUGGAUAUUACUGUUGGCAGAGACAUUGUCCCAAUCUUGCAUUGUCUAGAGCUUUUGAUCCAUGAUAUCGUGAAAUCAUCUGAUGAUCUUGCAAAUUUUGUGCUCGAUACAGUUUGGCGUGUAGUUAUGGAGCAGGAAAGAAGAGAUAGCACAUUUUGGAAGAUUUACAAGCCAUCUAUCAAUGUGAUUUUCCAUAGCAGUGUGUUAUUAAGUGGUAGUGAGGUAUUGCUGGGUAAAGUAAGAGAUAUUUGGUGUAUCAUAGAGGAUUCGGGCAAAAGCAAAUGUGGCUUGUUCAACGUGGUGGUAGACCGGUGUUGUGACAUUUGGAAUAAUUUAAUUUUGAAUGAAGGUUAUGCAGACAUCGAUUUCUUAAAAGCGUUUAUUGACUUGAUUACCAAUGCCUGUGUAUUUGGUCAGGUUCAAAAAAAGGUAUCAAGAAUCGUUCAACAAGCAGUUCUGUAUUUUACGGCAUAUUAUGACUACGGAAUUACCCAGUCAAAUAAUAUUAAUGUAGACUACAAAGUUCGUUGGUCAGCUAUUAGAAUGUUGCUUAAUGCAAGCGAAAAGAUGCCUUUCUUUGUGAAUAAUGCCAUGCAGGCUUUGAUUGAGAAGGAUCGUAAGCUUUCCGAACAGUCAAAACGGUACUAUGACAACAGCCUUACUCAUCGGCAAAAGCUAAGAAUAUGGCAAACCAUGCUUGUAUUGUGUAAGUCUAUAAGUGAAGAGAGUUCUUUAGAUAUUGUCACCGAUGCUCUGAGUGUCAUGGUCAGUGAAAAUCAACCAAGCAUUCGUUACUACAUAGAAUGGUUUAUAGUUAUCAUGGUAAAUAAAUACCCACAUCUCAGAAGCCUCAUUUGGGACAGGCUGAAAGAAGCAACAGAGAGAAGGGUCUGCAGUGUCACGUGCCUAAUGUCCAUUGUAGCUCAUCUGACUGUGGUUAUCGAUGAGGGCGAAUUCCCUAAAAUGGCAACAGAAGCGUUCAGUAAAUUACUUCCAUGGGUUCAGAUACAUCAUAUGCAGGCCAGGGUGCAUGCACAGGUGGUAAUUUGGAAGCUUUGGGAAGAAGCAAAAAGGAGAAACUGCAUUCAAGUGUUACGUGACUUUAGCAUUAUUGAGUCCCUUUUUAGCUUAAGUGAAUCAAAUGCGUCUGUAUUCAAAGCAACAAAAGAGCUGAGAAAUCAUUUUUACUUCAAGAGCUUUCAUCCUAUAAAGCAUUAUUCCCUAGAAACUAUAUUCUGCAUCAUGCCAAAGCUAUUAAAGGUUGGUGACGAUGAGAUAAUCAGCAGAACUCAACUUAUUGAAGUCACACAGGGGGAAGAAGUCUUUAAUCAGCUAAAAGUCUUCGAUGAAAAUCCAUCUCUUAUCGAUGCAGUGCAUUCGGAAGACAGUGUUAAAAGCGAUGAUGUUUUUGUUUCUUCAAAUGCUUGUCCAACUGUAGAAACAAAAUCGGUUGAUGUACAAAAGAAAAUCACAGCAUGGAAGCCUUUGCCCCCAACCGAGGACCCAUUUCUGCAAAAAGCCGAAAUGUACAAGAAAGAAAUGAAAAGGAGUCGAAUGAUCCUUUGCGCUUCGUUGAUUGACCGUACCCCUAAUCUUGGUGGGCUUUGCAGAACCUGUGAGAUAUUUGGUGCGGAAACAUUGGUCAUUGGUGCUAUGAGGUACCUAGAUGACGCAAAUUUCAAAUGUUUGAGUGUAACUGCAGAAAAAUGGAUGAAUAUUGAGCAGGUCCUGCCACGUCAUUUGAAAGUUUACCUGGAAGAGAUGAAGAAUAAAGGCUAUCGGCUGGUGGGAAUCGAACAAACAGCAAACAGCAAAUCACUCCAAGACUACGAAUUCCAGGAGAAAACCAUUUUGCUUCUUGGAAAUGAGCGAGAAGGAAUCCCAGUCAAUCUGAUCCAAAUGCUUGAUGACUGUGUUGAAAUUCCACAACAAGGGGUGAUCCGAUCACUGAAUGUCCAUGUAAGCGGUGCUAUUGUCAUUUGGGAAUAUUGUAGACAGAGACUUCUUAAGAGAGGGAGUAAAGGUAAUGAAAAGAAAGGUUGCCUAGAAUGAUUUUGGAUACAUUCAAAGGACACCUGAAGAAUGGUUUUAUACCUAAAUAUUUUAGACAGUGAUUCUUUAAUAUUCAUAUUUUACUAAUCAAACAUCAAUUUUGCAAUGCACCUUGUAGCAAAAAUUGUGCUGAAGAAAGAAGAUAGUCCAUGAUUUCAUACCU